AUGGCCGCUGCCGCCGCUACUUCGGCCGCUCCCACCGCUCACGCCAAGGCGCCCCUCAUCAACGCCGCCGCCGCUCAGCUGCCUCUCUCGCGCGAUCUGCUUGCCUACUAUCAGUCGCGCGUCGCCGCCGCCGAGAAGGACAUGGUCUCGCUGCAGGGCCGGCUCGAGGAGGUGGAAAGGCACGUGGAGGCGGCACAGCAGAGCCGGCGCGACCUGCUGAGGCGGACCGACGAGGUGGCCGAGCUGCAGCGCGCGCUCUCCGACUCGCACGUCUUUGUAUGGGAGGCGCGCGACACGGCCGCACGGCUGCAGGCGGAGAACGACGGCCUCCGCAUACAAGAAGCGGAGGACCGGCGGAAGAUCCAGCACCUGCUGGCCCUCGUCGAGCCGCUCUCCUCCGACGCCGCUCUCCUCGUCCGCGCGCCGCUGCCGCCCAAAGCGGCGGGCGGAACACCCACCAGAGGAGCCGCCGGCGGCGGCGGCGGCGGCGGCGCGCCGCGGAUUGCGGGCGUAACAACCAGCCUCGAGGCGCCGGCGGGAGCGGCGCGCACGCUGAGCCGCGAGCUGGUGCCGGACGAGAAGCUCGACUCCCUGCUGCUGACGGUGGAGGCGCUGCGGGCGCAGCUGGACGAGAAGGAACGCAUCUA